CACGUGCAUAGAAUAUAAUGGACGUAUGCGCUCAGUUACAACCUAAGAUUGCAUAGCGCUAUACAAUCUUUGGUUACAACCAGGGUUAUUCCUGUUCCUGCAUGGUUAAAUCGGUCCGAGUGACUUGAUUGCCCAAUCGGCUGAUCGAGCCCAACAUUAAUAUCUGGAUUCCACAGUUCAUGCUUGUAAACGGUAAUGAUCAUGUAACUACACCGUACACGUGAAGUGGGAUCUGUUCCUGACCUUGCGCCAUGUACGGUAACAGAGACCUGCGUGUUGACACGGCAGAUGUACCGCCGGAGUGGGAUGGACGUCGGAUGCCACAGUUCUGGGGGUAAAACUGCACAAGGAAAGCCGAAACCAAGACUGAGCCUGGGAAAUCCAAGACCAACAUCUGUAGGAAAUGUAAAGAAUCAGAAGUGAGACUUUCAACAGAAUUCCAUUCAAUACAUGCAGCAAUCAAAGUAUGGCUAUCAGUGAUUACAUUGCUGCACUCAAAGAUAAUCCAUAUUUUGGAGCUGGAUUUGGACUUGUCACUGUUGGUGCAUUUCUUGCACUAGCAAAGAAAGGUGCACAGUAUGGUACCAUUGCUCUGCGGCGCCAUCUUUUAAUGACUUUGGAGGUUCCAAGCAAAGAUAAAAGUUACUAUUGGUUGCUGCAUUGGAUCACAGUUAAUGCAAGACGGGCACAACACCUGAGUGUAGAGACAACAUUCCAACAAAGUGAGAGUGGCAAGAUAAACACACAGUUUGACUUUGUGCCAAGCCCAGGGAACCAUUACUUCCGUUACAAGAAUACAUGGAUCUGGGUUGAGCGUAAUAGAGAGAAGCAGAUGAUAGACUUGCAUACUGGUACACCAUGGGAAACAGUUACACUUACAGCCAUCAGUAGGAAUAGACAGCUGUUCUUUGAUAUCCUCAAUCAAGCUCGAGAAAUGGCACUGUUGAAGCAAGAAGGCAAAACAAUCAUGUACACAGCAAUGGGCUCUGAAUGGCGACAAUUUGGUUAUCCUAGAAAGCGCCGUCCACUUUCAUCUGUCAUCUUGGAUUCUGAGAUAGCUGAAGAUAUACUUGGAGAUGCACAGGAGUUUAUCAACAAUCCUAAAUGGUACUCAGAUAGAGGUAUACCAUACAGAAGAGGAUAUCUACUGCAUGGUCCACCUGGCUGUGGAAAAAGUAGUUUCAUAAUGGCUCUUGCAGGGGAGCUCCAGUAUAGUAUAUGCAUGAUGAACCUGAGUGAACGAAGCUUAUCUGAUGAUAGAUUGAACCAUCUUAUGAAUGUAGCUCCUCAACAAAGUAUCAUCUUACUUGAAGAUAUUGAUGCAGCAUUUGUCAGCAGAGAAGACAGCAAUGAUGCUAAGUACCAAGGCAUGGGCCGUGUCACUCUGAGUGGACUUCUGAACACACUAGAUGGUGUUGCGUCAACAGAAGCUAGAAUAGUCUUCAUGACAACCAACUACAUUGAAAGAUUGGAUCCAGCACUAAUCAGGCCUGGCCGUGUAGAUUACAAAGCUCAUAUUGGCUAUGCGACACAACAUCAGCUUCGUCAGAUGUUCUAUCGCUUCUACCCAGAACUUGAUGUAUCUGCAGCAGAGGAGUUUGCUGUACGUGCUGUAGAAUUCAAAAGGCCAAUCAGCAUUGCAGCAGUGCAAGGGUUUUUCAUGAUGCAUAAAAGCGAUGGGCACGCAGUAUUAAAGAAUGUGGAGAAACUUUGGAGCUGACCGGAAAAGGAAACUUCAGUGUUUAGAAAAAGCUGUCAGAGACGUAUCAGGCACACAGAAUACUGCAGACUGAUUAUGACAAUUUGUUGAGAGUUUCUCCUCAGUUUGUGAUACUUUGCCCCCAAUGAAGACCUUUAUUCUGUCAGGAUCUGGGCAUGGAAAAAUCUGAUUAUUCUUGGAAACAUUCAAGAGACAACUAGGCAAAGUGUGAGAAGCUAUUGAGAUUGGCUGGAUGGAUUACAACACCCAUUUUAUAUCGUCAGUGUUUUCAUGAAGUGACAAGAACCUAGAAAGUUGAUAAUUUUUCAGUCUUUAGUUUCUUGGUCAUUUCAAUAUGUAAAAAGUUUCAGAGCAAAAGUUGACUUUGUUUUAAUCAUGAACCAAAGAAGACCAUUCAUUUUUCUGCAUGUGUUAAGACGUUAGCAUGUACACGUACAUGUGCACAAAUGAUGUUAAAAAAAGUGUGCAUGUCCAAAUUUAGCAAUAAUGUAACAGUUUUUUCAGUAGAAAAAUCUGAAUUUUAAGAAGUUGCAAAGGAAAUCAAUGAAUUCUCGUAAACCAAAAUGAUGGAGUUGAGCGUUUCUUUUAAUUCAGACAAAAUAUCUACAACUAAAUACUAAUAAGCAAUUAACAAAGCAUAUAUUGUAUACCAGUGAAAAAGGUUCCCAAAUCUGUAACAAAAAAAGCAGACCAUGAAAAAGGGAUUAAUUUUAACUGUAAUUAUUAUGGAAUGUUCUUUUGCAAGAUACAGAGGUGUUUUCUCACUUCCUGUAAACUCUGAAAAUAGUAUUGGAAUUAUGUGGGGCGGUUGAGGAGAGACUCUCAUUGCAUUAUUGACCCUGAUUUGCACCACCCUCUGAAGAAAUGCCAUAAUCCUUCAAAUGUGGGGCUUUUUGCUUAGAAAAACUUAGCAAAGGAAUCCUCCAUUGGCUAGUUUGCGCUCAGUAAAAUUUGAGCAUAACAAGCUUCUAAUCUACUGCAGAAAUAUAUACUUCUGCAACUAGGGAGUGUUUAUUAAAAGGUAUGACAGCUAGUUAGAGACAUCUGAUGCCAUUACAAUGUGUGUAGCCGUCUGGCAAUAGUAGAUGAAACUUUUAGAUGAUAGAGUUUCUCAGAUGAAAGUAGUAUAUCAGCCUGGUAAUUCAUUAAUUAUUCAGCAGUGCAUAUUGCAAAUUGUGCAUUUGAUGGAGAACAAACGUUUUCAUAUCAUGUAUGUGUAAGUCCACCGGGAUAAAUUAUGAUGAAGUCCUGCAGUUUCCAGAGUGACCAACAUGGCUGAUUUCAGUGUUCGAAUCUUCUUCAGGCUGAACCUCCUGUUUGAUGAAACUGAAUCAAGGUAAUACAGUUCUUUAUUACGCCUUAUGAAUAUUCAUGAACUGGAGCAUGUUAUUGACUGAUUCCGAUGGGUGUCCAGGAAGUAGAUAUGAUACACUCCCAGUUGACGUCAUCCUGGUGAGUUAUCCAGCUUGGUGCCGUUCAAUAUUGUUUCCUUGUAGCACCAAAAAUACCCUGUUGAUAUGCCUCAUACUGUGUGGCAUGCAAUCUUCACGGAACAAGUCUGUUGUUAUCCUUGUAUCUACUGCAGUAAAGACACACUAAAGAGUUGGCUCCAGACUAUUUCAACCCUGUUGCAACAUGACACAUGGAAUUAACACUGCAGUUCAGUAACAACAGUGGCGUCUUCAAGUAACAUUACUAGAUUCCCAUCAUUUUAUAAGGUGAAUGAUUAUGAGGUUUAGUAAAAGAAGUAAAUUGAGCAUUGUUUAAUUUUGGAAAGUUGUGGGAUUUACUGGUCUCGUGGUGUAGGUCAGCUUGAAUACCUCCUCAUCAAGCUGACGCUCACCUUAGGACCAGUAAUACCCACUACUUCCCCCUUAAACUGUGCUGUGUUUGUAUAUCA